AUGUCUUCCAACAUUAGUCCUGCUGCUGCCACCACUGCCAACCAGGCACUCAUUGCCCUUCUUGGCAGGUUGAAUGAGAUGGUUGAAGAGGUUCUCCGGUCCCGGUCAGAAGAUGAGAGGAUGAGGUUGAGCAGAGUCAUUGCAUCUCAAAUGAAUGAUGCCAUUCACUCCUACCGGACGACGGCUACCUACAUCUCCCUUCGCCUACUCUCUAUGGCAGCUGAGAUUCAUAGAGCUCAGAGGGGUGCCACGCGAUUGGUGCAAGUACCGGAUUGGACUCGCGUUGGCAACAAUGAGGACAUUUGCCGAGGACAUCCAUUAUACCCCAAGACAUUGGGUCCUCCUCCCACUCAUACAACCCCUACCUCCGCACCAGCACUUCCAUCUGGCCCUCCACCGGCCCCGGUACUACCGGCUCCCAGCACAAUCCGCAUUCCUGGCAAUGCAACAUCUGGUGCCAUCGCAGGCCCAUCAAAACCAUGUAAACGACAAUUCAGCGCGAGUCCCCCACAUCAGGUCAAGAGGGCCCAGAAGGCUAUCCCCAAGUCGAAGCCACUGUUGACAGACACCGACACUGAUGGCGAUACAGUUCACAUCAGCAAAGAUAAGCCCAAGGCGAAGGGAAAAGGAAAGGCGAAGGCGAAGGCAAGGGCAGCAUCACCGGAUAGCGAAAUCCGGCAAAUGACGAUGGAAGAUGGCGAUCAUGAUCAGGAAGUCAUUCUCCGUAAUCCCAAACCAAAUGUGGUCAAAAAGAAUUUACCUACCAUUGUCAUCACCACUAGGCCAAAGCCCCCUCCAGAUGAGAAGAAGAAGGCCACUGAUUCGGAGGAAUACGAACCGGAGGAGGAGGAGGAGGAGGAUGAAGACGAUGCAAUUGCGCCUUCUGGGACACGGUCCAAGUCCGGUACAGAUCAUACCAAAACAGCCAAGGACAAGGCAAAGACCAGGGGCAAGCGUCCACAGCCGUCAUCGAAACUCAGUGUCCCAGUCCUAUUCCUGGAGGAACCGGAUGUCGAUGUUGAUAUGCCUGAUGCCCCUGCACUCACCGGCACCGGUCAUCCUGGCACUGCUACAGAUGCAACCCCUGAGCCGCAGGAUGACACCACCCUGCCCCCAGCACCAUUUAUAGAGACACCAGAUGACAUCCGGUACUCGCCGGUCUAUCCUUCUCAUACUCGAAGACCCGCCUCUCCUGUCGACAUUUCUGUACCUCGUCAGACUCCCCAGCCCCGUUCUUUGACCAAUGUGGAGAUGGAUGCCCUCCUGGCACAAAUUCAGAUCGACAUGGAUCAGCUCCGGACACGUGACGACAUUAUUCAUGACGAGCUGUCCCAUCGUAUCGACCAGCUGCAAGCCAGCUUUACAAACGAAUUUGCCUCCCAGAAGGGAGUGGUAGAUCAGUUGACCUUUCAGCAGCCUGGUUCAACUCCACCAGCAUUCAAUCCGCCACCCAUUGUCAUCCCCGAUACCCCCACAUUCCCUGACUUUGGCUCAAUCAGUGCCUUGGGUCAUGCCAUCACCAACAAUGUCUUCACUCCGGAUGUGUUUUCGACCAACACGUGUCCUGUCGGAGAUGGCUCACCAGUCACCAGGCAUGAGCAGGUACCAACACCCUCCACGUCUACCAUCAACCCUGUCCCCACCAUGGGGGAAUCCGGUCCACACAGUCAUCCGGUUAGUGCACUUCCAGUACCGGCCCCUACUGUCACAAUGGCAUCUAUGCCCUCCAAUACUACCCUUCGCACCAUGCUCACCGGGCCACCACAUCUGCUGGAAGAUGGUCAGUCCCUUUCGGCUCCUUUGCCGACCUGGUCAUUUGCACCUCAAUCACGGCAACAAGGUCGGUCGCUACCGGAUCAUAGGCCAGUGAGAUUAUUGAUGCACCUGCCGGAUGAUAAUAUGACCGGAUCUCCGGUGUAUAUCAUUCGUCUGGCUCGGUCGUUUCCAUUUUACACCGGAUUCGCUAUUCGAGUAAUUCCUCCCAUCCGUAUGCUUCGGGUACACAAAUUCACUCAGCCCACUCAUAUGGUCGGCCCAUCCAUUUACCUUGGGUACACACAUCCGGCCGGCCCACUCGUCUCCAAUCCCAUCCGUGUGUCUUGGGUACACACAUUCACCCGGCCCACUCAUAUAUCAUGGUACAAUUAUGUCCAUGGGCCCACAUGGGAUGGCCUGUUCCCAACAGUACAUUGUCACACUCGGCUGUCCAUCUGA